AGAUACGCGAGCGGCAGCUUCUGAAAGACAGGUAGUCCUCCAGUUUGGUAAAUGAGUGAGCCGGUUUAUCGACCCGUGUUUAAAUAGACCUCUUGGACCCUGUCCUCCUGCAGUAGUGCAGUGGGUCCGCCAGCAGCGUUAGGACCGAGACCUCCAGCCAACCACCGUCUGCCCUCCGACCAUGCAGCCCGUCCUCCUCGCUCUGGUCCUGGCCGCGGUGCUCCCACACGUCCCGCUGGUUUCCCCCGCGGCGCUGCGGGAGAAGGCAGCGGCCGAGCGGCGUGGGUCCGGCCGGGGGAAGAGAGCCGAGAGUUAUGUCGCUACGAGGCGGUUCCCCCUCAAGCUGACUCGCAGGAGAAGCGUCCAUCGCGACGACAUGGGACCAGAGACGACCAACUUUGUGUCAAUAUUUGAUUUGAGGCGCAAACAGAUUUUAUGUGAGGAACAUUACAGAGAUCAACAGAACCCGACUCAGGAUGGAGCCGGGGUGGCGUGUCUGCUCGGGGACCUCUGGUUCGUCCUUGGGUCCCGGAGCGGCCCGGCCUGGAGAACCAAUCAGGUAUCACCUUCACUCUCCUCUUCCCCGCGGAGGAAUCUCCCAGUGCGCCACCUGCUGAGUAGACGGAGGCGGGCCGACCGGGUGAACCCCUCCGUCCCGCUGAGGUCCGACCGGGUGAACCCCUCCGACCCGCUGCGGUCCGAGUCCCAUCCUGGGAACCCGGCCCACGGGUCCCAGGACCCGGAGGUUUCGGAGCAGGACCAGGCGGGCGCCGUGUCCAAGGAGACCAUCACCUCCUGCGACGACCCCCUCAAGGUGUUGCAUUCCGUCCGCCCGAUCAGUCCCAUCAAGACCAGCAUCGCGGAGCGGGCCGACCACGACUAGGCCUGGACCAGGAUUAGGCCUGGACCAGGACGAGGUCUAGACCGACCAACCAACCAGACUGACGCUGAAACACCCUGACGUGUUGAGGCGUUUCAUGGACUGACAUAUCAACUAAGCGCUCAACGCGUUGGUCUUUGGAACGGGGAACAUCUAAACAUCAAACCGGUGUCAUAACCAGAGUGAUCCGACCAAAGAUCUGAACCGAACCGGUCCGAACCUGUUCAGACGGCCCGUCGCGCUCCUUCUCGGAUUCCCGUGGAUUCAUGCCCCAUAUAAAGAUUGAAGCACUUUGAAAUGUUUGAUAGGAACCAUGGAGUCAGAGAGAGUUUAAUAAUGGAGGGUUGAGUCACUAAUUAUGGAGAACGUGGUUCCUGAUCCUGACGUCCUCAUGGGGUCCGUCCUAAUGGUCCCCAUGGGUCUAGGAGCUGCUCCUGAAGGCCCAGGGUGACUCUGCAAAACAGUGUUUUAACCUCAUGUCCUUUCACCUACAAAGUUAAAUGUUAACUGAGUCAGCAUCCAGUAGGCUACCUGGCACUGCGUUUUAGAAAUAUGUAAACGGUUAGAAAUUACGCAAAUGUUUAAUCACGGAUGCUAAAUUGUUUUUUAGUUGUGUUUUCUUUUUUAACGUAUUUGCCUGAAAUGGAAAGUCUUUAUUUGUGCAAUUACAAGACGGACUACUGGUUUUCUUGACCUCGACUUGGCUCUAGAUUGGUUUGGUAAUUUCCAAAACUCCAGACCCCAUGGGGUUUGAAUGUAGAAAAAAUGAAAAAUGAAGGAUGAUGGAUUGAUAAUUUCCACUAUUUAUUAGAAAUAUAAAAGGUUUGCCAGCCUCAUAGUUACAUAUUGCAUUAGGAGGUUAAAAUAUCAAACAUGUAAAUAAGACUUAAAGCUCAAGCAUGUAAGAGGGGAUCAUUAUGAAGCCGUUGAUGACUUGUGAUUGUUUAUUGGUUAGUUAAAGCCAUUAAAACCAACACAGAGUUGUCAAUGUUAGCCAGACAACUCUGUGUUUGUUUGGACUGAGAUGAUUCAGGCUUUGGGCGUCUGGACUCAAAAAGAGUUGACCACGAGUUCUGGUCCCAGUUACCUGCGGCAAGGUGCCCGUCAUCUUGGAGACGGAGACAGAGAGCUACACAGUAGGCUACUAUAGUAUUUAUUACAAAUAUAUUUGAAUCUGAUGUUUUUAUGUCUUUGUGUUCGUCAUUCAUCAAGGAAUUUGCAGGUAAAUUAAUUACCCAUGACAAAAGGGUUAGGGUAAGGUAAUUAUUCUUUAUAGUUUGAACCUUUUACGAUAUCAAAACCUAGGUAAGACAUGAGAGUUUCGAAAGAGAGACAGCAGAAGAGAACAAUGUUAAAAAAAAGAAACAACCCAUAAAUUCACCCCCUUCCUCCUUAUGACUGAAUGAAUACAUCCAGAAUCAAAGUUCCCUAUAAAAGACAAAACAUCGAUUGCAGUGUUUCCAUAACCAAGAGGAGAACCUUAUGUUUCUCCACCAAUGUGUUGCAUUGCACAUCUUAAACCUAAAGCAUAGAUGGGCGCCUGUAAUUGCUUAUUUUAGUUGGCCACCAUGAAAGGGUGCAACACUGGUUUAGUAACAUUGUCAAGAAAAUAGCUUGAAGCCUGAAGCGUACUUUUGUUUUUCUCUUGUUUGCCGAACAAUAUCGUUGUUUUUCCUUCGUCUGUUAUUUUGAAAAAGCUGUUGUUAAUAUAAUUGUACAAGCACGAAUAAACACUUUGUUCCUAAAAAAAA